GGAAUUUUAAUCUAUUCCAAGAAGCCCUAGCCCUACAGCUUCGAUCCGCUGAUUUGGCGCAUGCGCCUGAGUGCCAUCGACCGCUGGAAUUAAUUUCUAGGUGAGCCUGCAGAAGAACUGAAGCGGAGAGCUACUAAUGAGAGGAACUCGGAGGAGGGGGGGGAACCGGGCAACCUGAGGGAGAAGGGAAGAAAAAAAAAAAGCCACCAGCUGCGUUUGAUAUAGCGACGUUUCACCGCCUCAGGUCGCUGCAUUUUCCUUCCUUCCUUCCUUCCCCCGCAACCCCGCCUUUCCACACACAUCCCCAAAAAUCGGGGUGUGGGUGUGUGCGCGGGAGGCAGGUCGUGGGAAUGGCAACGGACCGCCGUUAGCCGCAGCCCCAGACGGAGGAGGGGGAGCCCGCCCGACCUUUCCUUGCCGUCCCGCCAGUCGCAGCGGGGGUGCGCCGAGUGACUCGGCAGCUUGGUGCCGUGUGAUGCCGGCGACCACUGCCGCCCCCUCUCGGUUCUCCCGCCCGGCCCGGUGCAAAGCCGGCAGCCCCGCCUCCCGCGGCUGCCAAGCGAUGCGAAUUCCAGAUGUGGACGCGAAGACCUUAAAGGACCUCUCGCCACCGUCUGCCUGGGCUUCGGCGCCUCCGGGCAUCCUUCCGCCCCGAGCGCUGCGGCAACAGCCUCCCUUCGCCUGCCUGGGCUCCGCGCGCUGCCGCCUCGGAGGGGAAAUCCCGCGUCUCCGCCGACAUAACUUGAAGCCCAAAGAAAUCGGCCGUCCUUCUAGGGUGGUUGCUGCUGUUCUUGUUUCUGUUUCUUUAUUUAAUCUGAGGAGGGAAAAGCGACUCGGCGCUGGGUUGGUGGGACAGGCUCCCUUUUGGACCAAGAGGAAAUUCCAGGCCGGCGUUUUUUUCUCAUCCUUGCCGCAGCAGCUGGAAAUUUCAUGCCUACCUUGGCUUUCGCGCUCCCUCUGUGGAUCGGGAGAGCCUCCCUGCCCGCCUCCCAAACUUCACAAGGCUGAGCCCAUCUCGGGCUCCGGAUCUUCUCCGGUGAGGCGACGACGCCGUUGCUCCGGCUACCUGGAGCCCGGUGAGUGCCUUCCGACCCGCCGCCGCUUAUGCAACACAUCAUCGAAAACCAUCCGGACAUGGCAACGGCGCUGCUGGCUGGGGAGAAACUGAAGGAGUUGAUCUUGCCCGGGCAGCAAGACGAUAAGACGGGCUCGUUGGCCGCGCUCCUCGUGCAGCUGAAGCUCGAGCUGCCCUUUGACCGCGUGGUCACCAUCGGCACCGUCCUCAUCCCGAUUGUCCUCGUCACGCUGGUCUUCACCAAGAACUUCGCCGAGGAGCCCAUAUACUGUUACACACCACACAACUUCACCCGGGAUCAAGCCUUGUAUGCCAGAGGAUACUGUUGGACAGAGCUAAGAGAUGCAUUGCCAGGUGUAAAUGCCAGCCACUGGCCUUCCUUGUUUGAGCAUAAAUUUCUUCCAUAUGCUUUGCUGGCUUUUGCCGGCAUUAUGUACAUUCCAGCCCUUGGGUGGGAAUUCCUGGCUUCCACCAGACUGACUUCUGAACUUAACUUUUUGCUCCAGGAGAUAGAUAACUGCUAUCACCGAGCAGCUGAAGGCCGGGCGCCAAAAAUCGAAAAACAAAUCCAGUCAAAAGGCCCAGGGAUAACCGAACGCGAAAGAAGAGAAAUCAUUGAGAAUGCUGAGAAGGAAAAAAGCCCUGAGCAAAACCUGUUUGAGAAAUAUCUGGAACGCAGAGGGCGUAGCAAUUUCCUAGCCAAACUUUACUUGGCCAGGCACCUCUUCAUCAUAUUUUUAAGCAUCAUCCCCAUCACAUACUUGUCCACCUAUUAUGCUACACAGAAACAAAAUGAAUUUACGUGUGCUCUAGGAGAACCUCCUGACAAAACCAGCAAUUCCAAAUUGCUCAUACGGGUGAAUUGCAAACUGCCCUCCGUUCAGCUGCAACGCAUAAUUGCUGGAGUGGACAUUGUCCUCCUUUGUUUCAUGAACUUGAUCAUCCUCAUCAAUUUAAUCCACCUUUUCAUUUUCCGCAAGUCCAAUUUCAUAUUUGACAAGCUGAACAAGGUUGGCAUAAAGACCAAGAAACAGUGGCAGAAAUCUCAGUUCUGUGAUAUUAAUAUCCUGGCCAUGUUUUGCAAUGAAAAUCGUGAUCACAUCAAGUCUCUAAACCGCUUGGAUUUCAUUACCAACGAAAGCGAUCUGAUGUAUGACAAUGUCGUGCGUCAGUUGCUUGCAGCUCUAGCCCAGUCUAAUCAUGAUGUUACCCCAACUGUACGUGAUUCUGGAAUACAAACAAUAGACCCCAGCAUUAACCCUACAGAUCUUGACCCUAAUGAGCCACUAAUCAUCAAGCGUCCUCGGAAGAAAAUGAAGUGGAUGCCGAGUUCCAAUCCACUUCCUCAGCCAUUCAAGGAGCAGCUAGCUACCAUGAAGGUUGAGAACAGCAAACCUGAGAAGCUAAAGCCGGUGCGUCGGAAGACAGCAGCUGAUAGUCUGAUUGCACCUCUGCUGGAGACCAACUCAAAACCUAUCCAACCAUCCCCUGUUCACAAAACUGAACCUAGUACUCUACCCAGCACAGGUAAUGAAAAGAAGCAUACGCGUCACUUUUCCUUAGAUGUUCAUCCAUAUAUAUUGAGUAAUAAGAAACCCAAGCAAGAAAUUCCAUCCAAUAACUCUGUGGCAAUAUCCAAAAGUCAAGAGAGUGGAUUUUUAAACCAAGAAAACAAAGCCAUAGUUUGCGUCACUUCUUCUCUCAAAGAUUCUUCCCUUCCUGGAAAAGAGUCCCUUUAUUCCCGUGACAUCUGCAGGACAGUGCCUGCAUCGGGGGUUUUCCUCACCUGUGCACAUAACCAUAUAGCAACUUCUGGUGCUGCAACAAAAGCCUCUCUGCCCCAGACUACUAAGGUAGUAGAGUCAGGGCCUGCCCUGAAUUGCCACCCUGUGCACCCUCUUCUGCACAUCAAUACACUGUAUGAAGAUCCUGAAGAAGAAGGCUCAAACCUUAUAGAUGAUUCUUUAGACAACAGAAUUCACUCUCCACCAGAAAGCGGAGACAUCAUUUCUAUGCCUUCCACAAAACAAAUCAUGCUGGCAACUUUUGAUGAACCCUUGGCAAUCGUGAAUUCUGCAGAAUAUUGACGCACAAUCCAGAACUGCUGUUGAUCACAGCUUCAACCUGAUGUUCCACCUACAGCAGUAUGAACCUUAUUCUCCCCCAAACUACUGCAUGAGCAUGGAGUGCUAAAAUACAGACCACAGAGUUUGCAAUACUCCAGAUCGGUUAUUCAGGGUAGUGUCUUGGCUACUGUCAAUAGCUUGCAAAAUAUGACAAUAGUAAUAAACCAAUCAAAUUAUUCUAUGCUUGGAAACACAUGCAAUAAAGCACAAGAAACAUUAGCUGUAGCUUCAAGAAGUCACUACAACUAUCCAAAAUAUUUGAAGUGCUUGAACGCAUGUCACACCAUGUUUCUUAAAGCACAUACAGCCUUGAAAUUCCAGUUCACUAUGUAAAGUAGCAACAGACGUAAAUGUGUAGGAUAUUUAUUCUUCCAUUUAAAAAAAAAAAAAACAGCAGGCGUAAAAUUGUGGUUUGUCUCUAAGGUUGUUUUUUUUUAAAGGAUAAUUUUUUAAAUAAUGAAAUUGUGUUUCACGGGUAUCCAUGGCUCCCUCCCAUCCCUGACAUUAGCAUAAAGAAGAAAUCAAGGCCAAGAUCUUAAUCAUUACUAUGUUUUUAUGUGCCAAGAGAUGAUGAAAAUUAAGAGUUUAUUUUUUUAUUGCCUAUUUUAUUGUGAAUGACAGUUUUUGAAUCAGAUACUCUCUUUCCAGAGUGUGGGAAGAGGGUAACCUAUUGCUGCAUAUUUUUGUUAAUUGAGUGAGGUUUGUAAAACCAGGUUAAAAACUUUCUAUGAUAAAGCUUUACAGAUGUGGAGAGUAUUCAAAUAGUGCUGCUAAAAUAUUACAAAUCAGUUAAUUUGCAAUGAUACACAAUUUUAGAUGAUGGAUAUUUAAAUCUUUUUUAGGACUUGCCUACACUACAGCAUAACACAAGCCAAAUAUACACUUUUGACACAUUUAGCAUGUGAUGAUUUAUUUCAAUGGUUGCUUCUUGGAAUACUGCUAAGGAAAAAAAGUUGGCUCACACAUGCAAAAGCAUGAUGUAGUACAAACCAAACCAUUUUUCCUAAGAAAAUUAAUCAAUCAAUGAACUGACCUCUCAGAAGUUUCUUCAGAUAUAUAUUCUGGGUUCGAAUCCCAGAAGAGUAUGGUUAGCUGAAAAGUUCAAACCAGGUUACUGCCACUGUGGCUAGUGAGCUCCAUCCAAGUUCAUUUGGAUAGCAAUGGUAGAUAUUUGUAAAAAGCAUUUCA